CGCUCCUCUCACACUGGAACAUCCGGGAUCCUCCAGCCCUCUCAAGUAAAACGAAGAGGUCGCAAUUACAGGCGGAAUUAAUUCAUACAAAAAACGAAGAAAAAAGCGAAAAAGGAAGGAAUAUUUAGAACCGGAACAAGUGGAAGGAAUACAACUUGUAGAUCAUCUUAUUUUUCCCCCGCUAAAAAUUCCUGGACGUUUUGACAUCAUGAGGAUUUUCUGUGUUGUGCUCUUACUGGUUCACGCCUUGGUGGUGUCCAGACCGGCCAGUGGUGCUGCAGUCGACAGGUAUGAGAGCGACAGGCAGCGGCACACAGCUGUUAUCAACUUGGACACGACCAAAGGCAAGAUGGUGGAGGAGGAGAGCAGAAGCCUGAGUGCGACAACAGCGGAGUAUGGUCAGGAAGCCGAGGAGGAGGAGUACGGUGAUUAUAAUUAUGAAGAGGACUAUGAAGAUGGCCUGUCUGGGGACUAUGCGGAGCUGCCACGAAUUGCCAUGGUAAGCAAACCUAAAGACCCGUCCACCAUCCUGGAGACUGAAAGCACGGAAGGAAAGAGAAGGAGAGGAAAGGGAAAAAAGAAGGGGAAAGGAAAGGGAAAGAAGAGGAAUCCUUGCCUGAGGAAGUAUAAAGAUUUCUGCAUUCACGGCACCUGCCAGUACCUGAGGGACAUCCAUGCCCCGUCCUGUGUGUGCCACCCGAGUUACUCUGGGGAAAGGUGUCAGUUUUUCACGUUGCCCUUGGAGAAGCCCCAGGAGGGUUACAACCGGACCACAGCUCUGGCCGUGGUGGCGGUGGUGCUGUCCUCCGUCUGCCUCACCAUCAUCGGCCUUUUAUUGUUGCUCAGGUUUCACAAGCGGGGAGCGUAUGAUGUAGAGAAUGAAGAGAAGGUCAAACUAGGGUUAGCGUCCAACCACUGAAGAGUCAAAGAGAGGCAAAGAUGUGGAAAUUCUACCUCAAAAUAGAAAAAGAGAAGUGAACUGCGAAAGGAGGUCCUAGAAGGAAAAGGAUCGUACAUGAAGAAGGGAACCGAGGUUGUCGUCUGCCUUGACCCUCUGCAAGACGUUCAGAUGAAAAAUGGGCAGGUGAACAUAUUCCUGAAGGCCUCAGAAGAAGUCGGCUGAAACUGGAAUAAUAACGGCCCAGAGGAUGGACUGCGGAGAUGUGACGAGCACGAAGGAACGAGAAGAAGGAACGUGUCUAGACUCUGUGCUGCUUCUUGACUGUGUGAAAAGAGGUCGUUUUAGACUGAACCGAACAAGAUUUUUAACAAAAGCAUUUUGUAUUUUCCUGCACAUGUCCAUCUUUUUUUUGUGUACAGUCAAUGGUAUAUUUAUAAUUUUAAUUUAUUUAUUUAAGCUAACUGUAUUUAUAGAGAUUUUAACCACCUUCAGCCGUUUUUAAAAUAAUGAUGUUACAAUUGUUUUUAUAUUUCUUAUUGGACGAUAUUUAUUUAUGAAACAGAAAAGCAAACAAUGCAGAAGCUCCUUGAGAUAUUCAGUAUUUCAUGAAAAGAGAUAUGAUGCAUAACUAUCUGGUUUCUGGCUUUAAUUCUGGCACUUAGUAGAUGAUCAAUAGCACUGUGAUUAAUAAAUUGAUCGUUGAAUAGACAUGAUAGUUUUUUUAAAUUAUUCAGGGUAGUUUCAUUGAGUUUCAAUGAACGGCCUGCUCACACUCACACAGUUACACACAUUCACAUCUGGAAGCUGCCCAGUGCAACCUGUUGGCUCUGUCAGCCACUAAGCAGCCCGCUGUCGAAGUUGCUCAAAGGCACAUCAGCGGUGAUAAUGGGGCAGGGCCUGCUCUUCCACCCAAAUUUGCCUGCAGGUUUUAGGAUCUUUAGGACACAUUAGGUUUAGUGUUCUGCCUCAAUGUUAUAAGAUCAGAUCAACGCCUGUAUGCACCGCACUGGCUAUUCAUUGAUUAAAGGCAACAUUAAAACUGCACUUAGCGAGUGUAUUGCUAAGAAACUUUUAAAAGGGAGUCAAUUAUCAAAUGCACUGUAGCAAGAAUUUGGUAUGAAUAUGUUGUCAUGUCGUCUUACCAUCAUUAGAGGAGAAACUCCCUCAGAUCCAUGUUAAGCUGUCAAGCAAAGAAAAAUGUGAAUUAAAGUGUACCACCCUUUCAAAUCCUGUCCUACAGUUUUGAAGUGAUUUUUAUUUAUGUGAUUUCAGAGCAAAAUAUAAUAAAAAAAGACUAUCCGAA